CAUCGGUUUAUCAUUUCCGGGCAAAGAUAGUGCUCAAAACAAACGCCUCCAGACCCAACAGCUGGCAGUACACGAAGGACUCCGGAAAACGUUUUAUUUACAUCUUCGUCACUAUCCAUACGUUCUAAAAUCCGCCAAAAUUUUUGACCAGUGGGGUGAUGGUCGAUAUGUUCAGCUGAAUUAAAAUAUAAAAUCUCUCUCCAUUUUUCUGUCCAGGGAGUUUUCGAAGCCUGCAAACCCAAGUUACAUUGACCGGAUAAUAGCGGAUUUGCUUCGCCAGACGAAUACAUACUCUAAUGGCGUGUGCUAAGAGGCCAUCCUUGCAGGGGCCGGUGCCUCCCCCACGGAAGAAGACGAACCCCAAACCUGAGCUGAGUGAAGAGCAAAAGCAGGAGAUCAGGGAAGCCUUUGAGCUUUUUGACACCGAUGGAGCUGGAUACAUUGAUGUCAAGGAACUCAAGGUUGCAAUGAGGGCUCUGGGGUUCGAACCAAAGAAAGAGGAGAUUAAGAAGAUGAUUGGUGAAGUAGACAAGGAUGGCACAGGGAAGAUCUCCUUUAGCAAUUUCCUCAGUGUCAUGACACAGAAGAUGGCCGAUAAGGAUUCCAAAGAAGAGAUCCUGAAAGCUUUCCGCCUGUUUGACGAUGACGAGACCGGUAGGAUCUCCUUCAAGAACCUUAAGAGAGUCGCGAAGGAGCUUGGAGAAAACCUCACAGAUGAAGAGCUGCAGGAAAUGAUUGAGGAGGCGGACAGAGAUGGAGAUGGUGAAGUGAACCAGCAAGAGUUCCUCAGGAUUAUGAAGAAAACCUGCCUGUAUUGACGGUGAUGUUUGAUUUGACAUGGAAAGCGGCUUAGGUUUUGGCCGCUCUCAAUUUGUAUUGUGUCAAAAGGUUGGACGUGUUAAAUCUCAUCCAAAGGGUCCAUUAAUAUCAAAGAUGCUCUUCUUCAGGAUGCUGCUCUUUUGUGAUUAUAUUGGCAAUUGCUCAUUGUUGAAAAGAUUUCAGUGCUUGCUGUAAUACAUGCCACACAGCUCAUUCCAACAUAUCAAAAAUUAUUUGUUCAUUUAUAAUGUGUUCUCUAGAUUGAUUGUCAGUCAGUUUGAACAAUAAUCCAAUAGCGAUCGGGCAGCCAUCAUUGAGUGAUGGAUCAGAAUAAAAAAAAAAAAGUCAAUUUGAGAAUUUCCACCCAAUUUUGAGUCUGGAAAAAAGUGGCACGUUAAAGUCACAUGCAAACCCUAACAAGAUCAGUAUUACAGUUACACGUUAUGGAUGCUGUGCUGGUUCUAGUUUUGCUUUGCUCUGUAUUUUUCAAUGUUUCUAUAUUGUACAGUGCCUGUAAAACAAUUCCAAGAAAAGCAGUAUUUAUGGUACAGAAAAUAAAUGAAUGAUUGCUGGUGUUAUGUUAUUAAUCUGUCAUAAAUAAGGGUAAGACUGGUGGAGUUUGAACCUUGCCUCCUGCCUUCCUGUA